AUGGAUCAGGACAACCUCACAUCACCAGUGACUGAAUUUCUCCUGCUUGGUCUCUCCCAGAGUCACCAGACCCAGCUCUUCCUCUUCAUCCUUUUUCUGGCUGUCUAUGCCACCACAUGGCUGGGGAACCUCAUUAUAAUCAGCACGGUGAUCUCUGAUCCCCGUCUCCAUACACCCAUGUACUUUUUGUUGGCCAACCUCAGUGUAAUCGAUGUCAGCUUCUCCUCUGUCACGGUCCCAAAGCUGCUGGAUCAUCUGCUCCUGGGGGGCAGGACCAUCUCCUUCAAUGGAUGCAUGACUCAGAUGUUCUUCUUCCACUUGAGUGGUGGUGCUGAGGUUUUCUUCCUCAUAGUCAUGGCCUUUGACCGCUACUUGGCCAUCUACAAGCCCUUGCACUACUUGACCAUCAUGAACUGGGAUGUGUGUAUUGGGCUGGUGGCUGGGGCCUGGCUAGGUGGUUUUGCCCACUCCUUCAUCCAGGUUGCCCUCAUGAUACGUCUCCCCUUCUGUGGGCCCAACGUGUUGGACAACUUCUUCUGUGAUGUUCCCCAGGUCCUGAAGUUGGCCUGCACUGAUACUUCUAUUGAGGAAUGGCUGAUGCUAUCCAAUGGUGGCCUGGUGGCCACCGUAUGCUUUGGUGUGCUGCUGCUGUCCUAUACUGUCAUCUUGGCGAUGCUGAGGAUGCGUGUGAGCGAAGGCCGGCAAAAGGCCUACAACACUUGCUUGGCCCAGAUCACUGUGGUCUGCCUCAUAUUUGGACCCUGCAUCUUCAUCUAUGCCCGGCCCUUCCAGAACUUUGCAGCAGACAAAGCAGUCGCUGUCCUCUACAUAGUUAUUAUCCCUAUGCUGAACCCCAUGAUUUACACUCUGAGGAACACCGAGAUGAAAGGUGCCAUCAGGAGGGUGUUCAGCAGAGUCCUGGUGUCAUGGAGAGGACUGAGCAUGUAA